AUGACGAUGAUAAGCAGUCUGAUAAGAUUUGGUAGAAGGCAGCUUCACACAAUCGUCUCUAAAGAAAUCAUCAAACCCUCUUCUCCAACUCCAUCUCACCUCAAAACCUACAAUCUUUCGUUGCUUGAUCAGAUGUCUGUGAACACAUUUAUGCCGAUGGUUACUUUCUACCCAAACACCGGCAUUGAUCGUAGUUCUCAUGAUAAAACGCUCGACUUGAAGAACUCAUUAUCUCAAACAUUAACAAAGUAUUACCCUUUUGCUGGUAGGCAUGCAAAAGUUGCACCAGCAUGUGUUGAUUGCAACGAUGAAGGAGCUGAGUUUCUUGAAGCAUCUGUCGAUAGAACACUAUCGGAUUUCCUUCAGAACUCGCAGCAUGAAGAUCUUGACCAGUUCUUUCCACAUGGUCUAGUAAAUGACAAGUCAAACCGUGGAGAUCAUGAUCUUGAAAGUGACAAAGUGACACCACUAGCAGUUCAGGUCAACCAUUUUGAAUGUGGAGGAGUAGCAGUGGCAGUGUCGUUGUCCCACAAAAUAGCAGACGCAUGCAGUUUGGCCACUUUAAUAAAUGAUUGGGCUAAAAUGACAAGGUUUUGCUCCGGAGUGGAGAAACAUGAAUCUCCCAUCAACCCACUGUUUAUAUCGCUUGAAUACAUGAACAUAAAUUAUGAAGGAUUGUCCCUUGAAAGAUCGAACGACUGUGUCACUAGGAGUUUCAUGUUUCCAAAUUCAAAGAUAAACGACCUGAAACUCAAGGUGAAAACCAUGACUGCAGAAUCUGGAAAUCCCAUCACGAACCCUACCCGUGUUGAAGUUUUGAAUUGGCUACUUUAUAAGUGUGCUGUGAAAGCAGCUAUGAAAAAUAAUACUUCAGGCUCUUUCAAACCUACUGGUGUUAGUCAUUUAACGAACAUAAGAGGUAAAAUGAUCGAGCCAUUGCCUGAAAACAGCAUGGGAAAUCUCUUCAUGAUAGGUGAUAUAGUAACAAACAACGAAAGUGAAAUGAAGCCAGAGACAUUCAUCGGUGAGUUCAAGAUGAAAAAGAUGCAAUUCCAAAGUCUACCAAAUAUUGCAACUACCUUUGGUCUGAUUUCGCAAAUGUGUUCGAAACCUGCUUUAGAAGAGCACCAAAGAAAACUUAGUGUCAGCUAUAUUUGUACAAGCUUGUGUAGGUAUCCUGCAUAUGAGAUUGAUUUUGGGUGGGGAAAGCCGGUAAAAGUAGCCAUUGCCGGAGAUCUAAGGAAGAAUAGCUUUAUUAUGAUGGAUUCUCCAAACGGAGAUGGUAUUGAGGCAUUCGUGUGUUUAAGAAAGCAAGACAUGGAGAUUAUUCAAAGUGACCCUGAGCUUCUUGCCUUUCUCUAG